CGGCUCUGCUUUCUCUUAGACAAGGUCUUCUCCUUCUCCGGUGGUCUUUGAUGGACAGGGCCAUUCAAUGCUUAUUUAGCCUUGAAUUACAUGACAUCACCUGCCCGGGGAAAGCAACCCUCCCACUCUUGAUGGCCUGCCAACUGCAUUUCUCCUCCUGGGGGCAACAUUGAAAGAGCAACAGCCAGUCACCUGGCACUGGCAGCGAAGAAGUCCCCAAAAGUUUCAACCGUCAAUUUUGGGGUAUUGCAUUCCCCGAGGAACAACCCGAAUCUUGCUUUCUAAAACGCGCGACUGGAUGGUUUUCAGAAAAGAACCUCGGUUGAACAUUGUGAAGCUGGUAGAAGUGGUUCAGUUCUUUAAUUCUGCAGCUGGCUUUACAUCUUGAUACUAUUUCCCCUUUUGCAGUUUUUUUUAGGGGGGGAGGUUUUCUUUUUUUUACAAAGCAAUGGCUACAAAUGACACCUCUGGAGCUUCCAAAGAACAUCACAUGAACCAACUCCAAAUCCUGGGAAAUAAGGAUGAAGAGAGACAUCAGCUGGAUGCAGAAGAGGAACAGAAGAACGAAGAAACGAUGGGCAAGAAAACGCGAGGCGAAAGGAUUAAAGAAUUUAAAACUUUCAUUUGGAAUCCAGAAACCCGGGAAUGUUUGGGCCGGUCUGGUAAGAGCUGGAGUCUGAUACUCCUGUUUUACAUUGUCCUGUACACGUUCCUGGCUGGCAUGUUCAUAUUGUAUAUGUACGUAGUCUUGAUCAUGCUGAGCCCUUACACACCAAGAUACAGGGACAGGGUUGCCCCACCAGGAGUUACGAUUAGGCCAUACAUAAAGCAGGCCUACAACAUUGCCUUCAGAGUCUCGCAACCUAGUUCAUGGCAGCCUUAUGUGGACAACCUGGAACUGUUCUUAAAAGAGUAUGACGACAAGGUUCAAGAAACCAAAAACAUCCCUUGCACCCCGGGCGCCUAUUUCAUGCAAGACAGUGAUGAAACUGCGGUGAAGAAAGCUUGCCAAUUCAAGAGGUCCCAGUUGAUGAAGUGCUCCGGAGUUCAGGACCAGACCUUUGGAUAUUCACAGGGCCAGCCUUGCAUAUUGCUAAAGAUGAAUCGCAUAAUCGGGUAUCAGCCUGGCUAUGGCACUCCAAUUACUGUGAGUUGCAAAAUCCAGAAAGGCGAACAAAGUCACCUCCAGUCACUGGACUUCUUCCCAAGCGAGACAUUUGAUCCCAUGUAUUUCCCUUAUUAUGGCAAACUUUCGCACGUGAACUACACGCAGCCCGUGGUAGCUAUUCAUUUCACAGGAAUUACAAGAAACCAAACCCUGGACCUUCAGUGCCAGCUGAAUGGGAAAGGAAUUAUCAACACGGUGAACAACGAUCGGUUUCUGGGACGGAUCAUUUUCACACUAACCGUCAACAGCUAAGGCCAGGUCUCCCCGUUUUGUGAUCCCCCCCUUUAUGGCACUCAAACAUUUCCUCAAACAAAUCCAAUCGGCCAUUGACGUAGCACCAGGAAACUCCAGACCUAUUUUGAGGGAUGGUUUUUGGUUUUUUUUUUUUUUUUGGAAACAUAAAUACAAUAAAAAGAUAGCUCCCAAGAUCUGGAACUCAACAUAAACAUAAAGCGCUCGAAUACAUUCAUCCUCCGAGUAAACCCAUCAGCCCAACGAAUUUUAUUUUGUUUUUUAAAAAAACAUUUUAAAUAAAACAGCGUUUUAAAUCUUCGCCCCCUUAGGUGCAUCGGAAGGGAUGGCGUUUGGCACCAAGUGGGAGUUUUUGCCAUCAUACCACAAAUUGGUUUUAUUGUUAUUUAAAAAAAAUAUUUUUAAAAAAUUUCUCUUUGGGGAAAAGAUAACCUUUGCUGUCGAUAACAGAAGUCGGCGAGCCACUUUCGUAUUUAAUGGGCCAGUAUGGGGUAGUAGGUAGGUAGCGCAGGGGAACCAGGCAGCGUUCUAUUUUGGCAAUGUUUGAAACGGAUUUUCACAAAAGCCAUCACUAAAAGGCCUUCUAAAACCUGAGAUUUAACCAUCGUAGAAGUUAGAAUAACCAGCAAAAGUUUACUUGGCCUUAAAUGUAAUCUUUGACCCGGCCCUCGCCCCCCCCCCCCCAAAACCCUCCCUUCUAGUUAUUUUUGUCCUAUUGCUUUUCUGGCUCAAUUUAGUGGCAGUCAUGCCUUCCUAGGCAGCGUAGACCUUCUUGAUCAAGAUAGGUGUUCCCUUAAAUAAGAGAGGAAAACGUGGGGUUUUUUUCCCCCAAGUUCACCAGCCUUGAAUGCCUAAAUCAGGUUUGCAAAGAUAAGACAAGGGGGAUCUCGAGGGAGGAGGGCCUCUUUAAACCUCUUUCUUGACCAUCUCAAGAUGUUUGCUUGGAAGCCUUCAAGGUGCUCAGCACCGUGUUUUUUUU